UUUAUCAAAUUUUAAUCAAAUUUAAUUCAGAUAGGAAUCAAAAAGGUUGUAUGUACAUCAAGUGUGACACUGAUGAAUAUUCAGUAGGCAUUGUCAUAAAGCAAGUUUAGCAGCAAAAGCAGAAGCAGAAUGGCCGCUACAACAUAGUUUCAACUUGAAGGAUUCUUCAUUUGGUUUUUUGAUUCCAUAAGCACCUGGUGAGAGCGUUGAGGUGACUUGAAAUGGAAUCAAUCCAAGGUUGGAGCAGAAGCAGCAGCAUGUUAUUUUUGCUUUUGUUUUAGCAUUUUUUGCUGCUAAUCAUAUUGUCGGCACUUUUGGCCAAUUUUCUUCGUACAUACUAUUUUGAUUAAUAAAUUGAUGCUGGUUGGUUUGAUUUAAAAAAAGAAAAGAAAAAAAAAAGACAAAUUGAAACAGAGGGGGAGUAUAAAAACCAAAAAUACCAAUGGAAACUUUUUAACAGAUGAUCCACCUAGGAAAUUUCGAAUUGCAAUUCUAGGGUUCACUAACACUUCACUUCUCCCUCAGUUCAUGCCAAGUUAAGUGUUGUUUUGCUGCAUUCUGUUUUUAGCUGAAAAAUGAAAAACAAAGUAUAAAAAACCCAUCCUCAAAAUCAUCCAUAGCCACUGCAAAAUUCCAAAAACAAAAAUGUGGAGAAUUUUGCGUGGAAGAAUCAGUAGAUGUAUUGAACAAACUAGUAGUAGUACAUUUCACAGACAUUAUUGCAAUUCUCAGCUUCCCCAGAAUAACCAAAUCUUGGUCCAAGAAAUCACCCAAAUUCUCAAAAACAAGAAGUGGAAAAAACUCAUUAAAUCCGCAAACCUAAAAAAGAAGCUAAAUCCAGAUGUAAUUGGCUCUGUUCUUCACCAGAAUGAAUCGAGUAAUCUUGAACGCCUUCUCAGUUUCUUCCAAUGGUCCAAACACAAAGUUGGUAUUCAUCAAGAUUUGAAUAUUCACUCAUUUCUAGCUGUUCUUUUAUGUAGUAACAGUUUGUAUAGUCGUACUAGUAGCGUUCUUGAAAAUGUGAUUAAAUUUGGUUUGCCCCCUUUAGAUGUUUUGAAAUCUAUUGAUGGUUGUUGUAAAGAAUCAAGAAAAUCUGAUCUUGUGAUAUUUGGGUUGUUGAUGGAUAAGUAUAGGGAGAAGGGGUACUUGUUUGAAGCUGCUAGUGUUGUUUUUGCUCAUAAUAAUAAAGAUCUUGAUUGUACGCCUAGCUUGUUUUAUUGUAAUCGUUUAUUGACGGAUCUGUUGAAAGCUGGUAACUUUAAAUUGUUUUGGCGAGUCUGUAAUGCAAUGCGCGAAGCAAAUGUUACAUUUGAUACCUGUACGUAUACCAGUAUGGUGAAUGCUCAUUGUAGGGAGGGGAACGUUAGUGAUGCCAAGAAAGUGUUUUCUGAGAUUGAAGAGAAGGGCCAUUGUCCAAAUAUGAUUACGUACAAUUAUUUGAUGAAGGGUUUGUUUAGAGCUGGUCAUGCGGAUGAGGCAAUUGAGCUUAAAAAGAGCAUGUUUGCCAAGCCAUUAGCCCCUAAGCUAUACAUUUAUACCACAAUUGUUAAUGGGCUUCGUGCUGCGAAUAGAUUUAGAGAGGCUAUAAUGGUAUUAGCUGAGAUGACUGAGAUGGGAGUGAAGCCCGAUGCAGUUGUUUAUGAAGCUUUACUUGAUUGUUACUUGAAACACGAUGAUGUGGAUAAGGUUUCUAAAAAGAAGGAUACAAAGGAUGCUAAAGGCAUUGAUGUAGCCCUGUGCAGUACACUUCUUCAUGGGCUCUGUGAGUGUGGUAAGAUGGAGAAGGCGCAUGAACUUGUGGAUGAGAUGACUAGAGAAGGCAUCGAGCCUGAUUUGAGAACUUAUACCUUGUUGAUUGAGGGACAUUGUCAAGUGGGUAAUGUCGAUACUGCUUUGGAGCUUCUUGAAGAAAUGAAGAAGAAAAGUCUGGCCCCUGUUGAGUCAACCUAUUGUUUGAUAACUGAUUGUCUCUUCCGCAAUAAGUAUUUGGAUUCAGCUAUGUCUUCUCUGCAAGACUUAAUAACAAAGAAUGGGAAGCGAAAUGCUCAUGCCUGGAGGAUUUUGUUGAUGAAUUACUUUCGUAAAGGCCACUUACAACAGGUGAGGAAGAUUUUGGAGGCGAUGCAUGAGCAGAGGAUUAUACCAGCUACUCUCCAAUACAAUAUUGUUAUGAAGGACCUCUGCAAAGCGCUGAAGAUGGGAGCUGCUCAAAGUUGCUUGGUUGAAAUGCUGCAUAGAGGCCUAAAACCUGACCAGGAUACCUAUGAAGCCUUCAUUAUUGGAUACUGUGGAAAAGGGAAGUUGCAAAACGCAGAUAGAUACUUAUUUGAGAUGCUGCAUCAUGGGUUUAAGCCAAACAAAGCAAUUUUUAGUGCUUUGAUCAGUGCGAACUGCAAAAGUGGUAAGGUAAGUGAAGCCUUUGGGGUAUUUAGAAGGAUGCUUGCUUUGGGGGUUUUGGAAGUGCGUGAUGCCUAUCUUGUCCUCCUUCGUGCUCUCUUGGUGAACAAAAAAAUACUAGAAGCAGCUGAAGUCAUUUCAGAACUUCAUGGUAAGAAUCUGGUUGCUGAUGUUUCCUCAUAUGAUGUUCUCAUUUGUUAUUUUGUUAAACACUCUGAGAUUGAAAAGGCCUUUUCCCUUUAUGAGGAAUCACAAAACAGAGGUAUCCGUCCCAACUUACACGCUCGCAAUCACUUGAUUGCUGGGCUGUUUAGAGCAGGUCAAACCGAGAGAGCUAAAACGAUAUUCGAUAUCAUCUUAAAAGAAGGUCCAAGACCAAAUAAAGCUACAUAUACCGCAAUGAUAUCUGGUUUUGCCGAAGUAGGACAGUUGUCUGAGGCAUUUGGCUUGUUUGACUCCAUGACACUUAGGGGGCUGUCUCCAAAUAAGAUCAUUUAUAAUGCUCUUUUUGAUGGAUGCUGUAAGACUGGAAACUUGCAGAAAGGUCAGGACUUGCUUCAGGAAAUGGUGCAAAUGGGAAUAGCUUCUACUAAAGCUUUCAACACACUGAUUGAGGGAUUCCUGAAAGAUGGAAUUGUGCCGGAAACUAAGCAGUUGCUAAAAAAGAUGAUAGAGGGAUGUGUUGAACUUGAUCAGGACACGUAUACGAUGCUCAUUGAAGCUUUAUGCUUGAAUGGGAAGUAUGGUAAAGCAUUGGAACUUCUUCUUGAGAUGGGGGAGAAAGGGUUUGGGCUCAAUCAUUCGACUUGUAGGGCUAUAGCUCAUAGUUUUUCACUGAAAGGUAAUACUGAUACAGACGAAGUAUGCCUGGUAAUCAAGGCUAUGACAAGAUUUUGUUGGAUAUCAGACUCCACUACUUUCUCUGAUUUACUUAAGGAUAGUGAAGUAGGUUCUUUAAUGACCGAUGAUUCCUCAGAGGAACUUGCUGAGAGAAACCAAAAUACUGCUUCUUCGGAGGAUGCAGAAAAUGUUUUGAAGCAAGUGGGUUGAAAGUUGUGCUUCACGAGGGCUUGUCACUAAUGAUGAACACAACUACUUAUUGGAAAGUGGAAGAUAGCAAGAGCUUUCAGCAGGGGCAUAGCUACAGAAGAAUCAUUUCAGUUCAGAGGCUUCUCGGCUAAAUUGGAUGGCAGCUUUGAGUUCAUUAACAUGUUGAUCACUUCAAGAGGUUGAGGACCAGAGAUCUUCUCAUUAUAUGGGGAAUCCCUGUUACUGCCAAUUGUAUCUUUUGCUUAAGCGUUCCGGAGACUGCUGCUCAUCUUUAUUUUGAGUGUUCUUACACUCAUACUAUCCGGAGGAAAGUGCUUGAAUGGCAGAACUGGAAGAGGACAAUUUUGAACUGGGAGGCUGAAUGGCCAUGGGUUAAACAAAUGCAAGCAGCAAGAAUGCUAGGGAAACUGUGCUCAAGGCUAGUUUUGCCGCUGUGGUUUAUGAUAUUUAGACAGAAAGAAAUGCUCGAUUCUUUCAACAAAAGGAAAAACCUCUGGAAAUUUUGCUCCACCAACUCAAACUGGCACUAUGUGGAUAGGUUAGGAGUGACUAUAGACUGAUGUCCUAUAUUGCUAAUUUCUUGUAGUUUGGUUUUGUGAUUUCCUCCUUUGGAGCUAGAGGUUAGCUUAGUCUGUUUGGUUUUGAUUUUGAAAAGGGAGGAAUAGGAUUUUCUCUCCCUUGGCUUUGUAUUUUCCUGCACUGGGUGAUUAAUAAAGUCUCUUUUAAUUGCCAAAAAUAAUAAUAAUGUAAUUUUAGCCGAAUCAA